GAUUCUUAAAUGUGAGUAGUAAGCAGUACCUGCCUGCCUGCCUGGCAGACAGAGACCAAACAAACACCCAGCCUUGGCAUGUUUGUUCCCCCGAACAACAUCCGCAUCCGCAAUAUCGCAACUUCGGCUUCAAUUCUGCCAGACCAGCGCUGCAGCUAAUCCAGCUAUAUUGAUCUGCCAUUGACGAUGCGCGGCGCGUCCAACACAUUCCUCUAGUCCACCCAAAAACCACUUCCAACCAUAAACUAAAAUACACCACACCCAAACCUCCAAUCCAAUCGACCUCAUUCCAGAAAAGAAGAAUACAACCGCCAAAAUGCUCCGCCCAACCUCAACCUCAACCACCACCACGACCCUCCUCCGCACCCUCCGCGCCCUCACCAGCACCACCACCACCACCACCACACCCACCACAAUCCUCCCCAAAUCCCAAACACGACACCACUCCUCCGUCUCCGCCAACGAACUAUCCCACUUCUCCUCCCUCGCAACAUCAUGGUGGGAUCCCCAAGGCCCCUCGCGCGUCCUGCACCUCAUGAACCCCGUCCGUCAUGACUUCAUCGCCUCCUGCCUCGCCGAAUCCACCCCGAUAAGCAGCACGACGCCAUCCUCACCCAUGGACCCCACCAACACCCACAACAAGAACAACCUGCGGUACCUCGACAUCGGCUGCGGAGGGGGCAUCUUCGCCGAGUCACUAGCACGCACAAUCCCAGCCUCUUCACCUGUAUCACCAGAAGCUACUACUAGUACUCUGACACGCACCCGCGCCGCCAGCAUAACAGCACUGGACCCCAGCCCCACGCUGAUCAAGAUCGCACGGGACCACGCGCGUCUCGACCCUACCGUGCAAGCGCACCUGGAUAGCGGGCGGUUCAAGUACGUGAAUGCGUCGUUGGAGGAAUUCAUCCCCACAUUGUUGCCUACAGAGGAGAGGAAAUUCGACAUCGUAACUCUCUUCGAAGUGCUCGAGCAUAUCGAUAAUAUCCCCGGGUCGAUCACACCGCAGAGUUUCCUGUCUAAUUGUCUAUCUAUGGUGAAGCCGGGCGGAUGGUUGAUUGGGUCGACGAUCGCGAGGACGUUCCCGUCGUGGCUGGUUAAUCAGGUUAUUGCGGAGGCGCCGUGGCCGAUUGGGGUGGUGCCGAGGGGCACGCAUGAGUGGAAGAAGUUUGUCAAUCCGGGGGAGUUGGAGGGGUGGGUGCAGGAGGGGUUGAUGAGGGGGGUGGAUGGGAGGGCUGUGAGGGGGGGCAGUGAGGCGUUGGAGGGGGCCAGGUGGAGGUGUGAAGGCGUGGUGUAUUUUCCGGGGUUGGGGUGGAAGUUGGUUAAGGGAUCGGAGAGUUGGGGGAAUUAUUUUUGGGCUGUUAGGAAGGGGGAGUAA